AUGGAAAUAUUUACAUUUUUGCUGACCUGUGUAUUUCUACCCCUCAUAAGAGGGCACAGUCUCUUCACCUGUGAACCAAUUACCGUUCCCAGGUGUACGAAAAUGGCCUACAAUAUGACAUUUUUCCCUAAUCUGAUGGGUCAUUAUGACCAGGGUACUGCUGCUAAAGUAAUGGAGCAUUUUCUUCCUCUUGCAAAUUUGGAAUGUUCACCAAAUGUUGAAACUUUCCUUUGCAAAGCUUUUGUACCAAACUGCACAAAACAAAUUGACGUGAUUCCACCUUGUCGUGAAUUUUGUGAGAAAGUAUAUUCUGAUUGCAAAAAAAUAAUUGAUACUUUUGACAUCCAUUGGCCUGAGGAACUUAAAUGUGACAGAUUGAAAUACUGUGAUGAGACCAUUCCUGCAACUUUAAAUCCACCCACAACGUUUCAUAUCGCUCAGAAGAAAACAGAACAAGUCCAUAGAGACAUUGGAUUUUGGUGUCCAAGGCAUCUCAAGACCUCUGGGCUGCAAGGCUUUAAGUUUCUGGGCCUUGACCAUUGUGCACCUCCAUGCCCCAAUAUGUAUUUUCAAAACGAUGAGCUAGAGUUUGCAAGAAGUUUUAUUGGAAUUGUUUCGAUAUUCUGUUUUUGUGCAACUCUGUUCACAUUCCUGACUUUUUUAAUUGAUGUUAAAAGAUUUCGAUAUCCAGAGAGACCUAUUAUAUAUUACUCUGUCUGUUAUAGCAUUGUAUCUCUUAUGUACUUCAUUGGCUUUUUGCUGGGCAACAGCACAGCCUGUAAUAAGGCAGAUGAGAAGGUGACCCAUGGUGACACAGUUGUUCUCGGCGCUCAGAAUAAGGCUUGUACUGUUUUGUUUAUGUUUUUGUAUUUUUUCACAAUGGCUGGGACUGUAUGGUGGGUGAUUCUUACCAUUACUUGGUUCUUAGCUGCAGGAAGAAAAUGGAGUUGUGAAGCCAUUGAACAAAAAGCAGUUUGGUUCCAUGCUGUCGCCUGGGGAGUUCCAGGUUUUCUAACUAUUAUGCUUCUUGCUAUGAACAAAGUUGAGGGAGACAAUAUCAGUGGAGUUUGCUUUGUUGGCCUUUAUGACCUGGAUGCUUCUUGCUACUUUGUAGUUUUGCCACUAUGCUUCUGUGUGUUUAUUGGGCUGUCUCUUCUUUUAACUGGAAUUAUUUCUUUAAAUCAUGUUCGACAAGUUAUACAACGUGAUAGCCGUAACCAAGAGAAACUAAAGAAAUUUAUGAUUCGGAUUGGAGUCUUCAGUGGCCUGUAUCUUGUCCCGUUAGUGACACUACUUGGAUGUUACAUCUAUGAGCAAGUGAAUAGAAUCACCUGGGAAAUGACUUGGGUCUCUGACCAUUGCCGUCAGUACCACAUCCCAUGCCCUUAUCAGGCAAAAACAAAAGCUCGACCUGAUUUGGCUUUAUUUAUGAUCAAAUAUUUGAUGACAUUAAUUGUUGGAAUCUCUGCUGUCUUCUGGGUUGGAAGCAAAAAGACAUGCACAGAAUGGGCUGGGUUGUUUAAACGAAAUCGCAAGCGAGAUACAACCCGAGAGGGUAGAAAAGUGCUACAGGAGCCAUCUGAGUGUUUCCUAAAGCACGGUUCUAAGGUCAAACACAAGAGGAAGCACUACAGAGCAAGUUCCCACAGGCUGAAAGUCAUUUCCAAAUCCAUGGGAACCAGCACAGGAGCUACAGCAAACCAUGGCACUUCUGCAGUAGCAAUCACUAACCAUGAUUACCUAGGACAAGAAGCUGCUACGGAAAUCCAGACCUCACCAGAAACGUCAGCGAGAGACAAGGGAGCAGAUGGGGCAAGCACUCCCAGGUUAAGAGAACCAGACUGUUGUGAACCUUCCUCCCCAGCAGCAUCCAGCUCCCAACUCUGUGGGCAGCAGGCAAACGGAAAAGACAAGAGCAGUGUAUCUGAAAGUGUGCAGAGUGAAGGAAGGGUAAGUCCAAAAAGCGAUCUGACUGAAACUGUCCUAGUGCAGAGCGACCACUUGCAGAUCCCCAGUUCUUCACAGCCAGGCAGCCUCAGAGGCUCCGCUUCACUGCUGGUUCCCUCUGUUUCAGGCGUUAGAAAAGAGCCAGGUACAGCCAGUCACUCCGAUGCUUGA